UACUCAUCGCGAUAGUUAGCUGGUCGCACCUGGUCGAGAUGACGCGUGUCCUGUCGUUACUCGUGUUCUGCGUGCUGGUAUGGCAGACUUGUCACGCCAAGCCAACGAAAGUGCUACAGAAUCCACGAUCCUUGAGCCCGGUGCAGGACCAGCAAGCGACAUCAGUGGUUGCUGAUAACGAAAGAGAGCAACGAUCACCGGAGUAUGGGUUCUUCAACGACGAUUAUUCGGAUCCUGAAGCGGACGUAGCUGACGAGCGACGCUUCAAGCAUCACAAGCAUCAUCACAGACCUGGAGGAUGCAGCGAGUACCCUUGCGGAGGAUAUCCAGGGUAUGCACCACCCGGAGCCUAUCCGCCAUCCGGAGGCUAUCCACCAUCCGGAGGGUAUCCGCAAGGAGGAUCAUCGGGAUCCUUCGCCACAGCAUCCGCAGGAUCCUUCGCGAAUGGCAGACCCUCGGAAGGACAAAGCCACGCGAAUGCACAGAGCGCCAGCUUCAACUUUGGACCGUACUCGGCAUCCUUCAGCGUCGCUGAAUCUUCCUCUGGCGGCCAAAGGUUCUAACAAUUCAAAGGUACUCGAGACCCACCCCCCAUGGACGGAUCAGGCCGCAACCUAAUCCGCUAUGCCGAUCGGGGAUCUACGGCCGCUUCCAGGCCAUUGUUUACAAACAUUCUACGUCACUAGGUAUAAGUAAAUAGAGGCGACCAGCCGCACGAAAAGGGACGAACCACCCUCCGUCCCUGGAGAUUUCCUGAGGGCCAGGUUCCCUUUGUCCGAGCGCCAGAUGUUCCCGCGAAUAAAACCGAUAAAAUAUCGCGAAGCGGCCUCGUCGGCGGCGUGGCGAGGCAGAGGGACGAGGACAGUCGGUGCAAGGAAGCGGAGGAACUGCGGGACGGAGGGUCGAGGAUUAAACAGCACAAAGGGAGGCGAAAAAAGAGGAAGAGGGCCCUCGUGAAAAAGCGAACACCGAAAAUCGGGAUACGUAGGGAGGCGUGCAAUGACCGGGACCGAUCCGUGCACACGCGCGCGAGCGAGCGAGCGGAGCGCGCGCACACGUGAUCUUCGGCGGACACGCUAUCUAUCCGCCUGGAACUUUCUCCGCCGAAAGCCUGUUUCGUUGAAAAUAAAAAG